CAUGUAUAAAGAAUCGAACCAGUUGACCUUAGUGCAGUAGCUACAGUCACUUUCUGAAUUUUCCACUUCUACUACAAUCUCAUCACUCAAUUAUCUUAUGGCGGCCGCUGUUGUUGGUGAAGCUUUUCUCUCUGCUUUCAUUGAAGUUGUCCUUGACAGACUUGCUUCUCAUCAGGUUGUUGACUUGAUCCGUGGGAAGAAACUUGACGUCAAUUUGGUUCAACGGUUGAAGAACACUCUUUAUGCUGUUGAAGCCGUGCUCAACGAUGCUGAACAGAAGCAGAUUCAUGACUCUGCUGUUAACAAAUGGCUUGAUGAUCUCAAAGAUGCUCUCUAUCUUGCUGAUGACAUUCUCGAUCACAUCUCUACCAAAGCUGCUCUUUCCAACAAGAACAACCAGGUCAGUACUGUUAACUACUUCUCUCGCUUUUUCAACUCUGAGGAAAGGGAUAUGGUUUGUAAGCUGGAAGAUAUAGUUGCUAAGAUUGAAUACAUUCUCAAUUUCAAAGAUAUUCUUGGCCUUCAACAUAUUGCAACUCAUCACUCAUCCUGGAGAUCUCCAUCAACCUCUUUACAAGACAGAUCUAACAUAUUUGGUAGGGAUCAAGACAAAGAGGCCAUACUCAAAUUACUGUUAGAUGAUGAUGAUGAUGAUCAUAAGGAUGAGAUUUCUGUGAUCCCUAUAGUUGGUAUGGGUGGAGUGGGAAAAACUACUUUAGCUCAAUCUGUGUACAACCAUGACACUAUAAAGCAGAAAUUCAAUGUUCGAGCAUGGGCUUGUGUUUCUGAUCAUUUUGAUGAAUUGAAUGUUGCAAAGGCCAUCUUGGAGUCAAUUGUGGGGUAUGCUUGUAGCACAGAUAACAAAGAGUUGCUUCAUCGUGAUUUGAAGGAAAACCUGGCUGGAAAAAAGUUCUUAAUUGUUUUGGAUGAUGUAUGGACCGAGGAUUAUCACGGCUGGAAUUCUCUUUUAAGGCCUCUUCAAUAUGGAGCUAAAGGAAGUAGAAUUCUUGUAACAACCCGUAUCCAAAAAGUUGCUUCUAUGGUACAAACUAAACAAGAUUACUCUCUUGAGAAAUUGUCUGAUGAAGAUUGUUGGUCAGUGUUUGCAAACCAUGCAUGCCUUUCUCUAAAAGAAUUCAGUGAGAAUAAGAAUCUCCAUAGAAUUGGCAAAGAGAUUGUUAGAAAAUGCAAGGGAUUGCCUUUAGCAGCACAAUCACUUGGGGGCUUGUUGCGAAGUAAACGGGACAUCAAGGAUUGGGAUGAUAUACUAAGUAGUAACAUUUGGGAAAAUGAGAGUAAUAUCAUUCCAGCUCUAAGAAUUAGUUAUCAUUAUCUCCCUCCUUAUUUGAAACGCUGCUUUGUUUAUUGUUCCUUGUAUCCUAAGGAUUAUGAAUUUGAAAAAGAUGAACUGGUUUUGUUGUGGAUGGCCGAGGAUCUUUUACAUCCUUCAGAAAAUAACAAGACUUUAGAAGAAGUUGGUCAUGGGUAUUUUAAUGACUUAGCUUCUAGAUCAUUUUUUCAACGUUCGGGAAAUGGGAACAGCUACCAGCAUUUUGUGAUGCAUGAUCUGGUGCAUGACUUAGCAAUAUUGCUCGGUGGAGAUUUCUAUUUUAGAACAGAAAAACUUGGGAAAGAAUCGAAGAUUGGCACCAUGACCCGUCAUUUAUCAUUUAGAAGCUUCAGUGGUCCAGUCUUGGAAAACUUUGAUAUUUUUGGCCGAGCAAAACAUCUUAGGACAUUUUUGACAAACAAUUUUAAACUCCCUUCUUCCAAUAUCGAAAAGGCAUCAUGCAUCAUUUUAUCCACAUUGAAGAGCUUGAGAGUUUUGUCAUUUCACUACUCUCCAUAUCUUGAUGCAUUGCCCGAUUCGAUAUGUGAACUGAUCCAUUUGCGUUACUUGGAUCUCUCUUCCACGACAAUUAAAACAUUACCAGAGUCACUGUGUAAUUUGUAUAAUCUACAAACGUUGAGGUUGUGCAAUUGUCUUGAACUAACCUUGCUUCCCAAUGAUAUGCAAAAUCUUGUAAAUUUGCGCCAUCUUGAUAUCCGUGGAAGUGAUAAGUUAGAAGAAAUGCCUGUUAGAAUGAGCAAAUUAAAUCAUUUGCAUUAUUUGAGUUAUUUUGUUGUGGGAAAACAUGAAGAGAAAGGGAUCAAGGAACUGGGGACACUUUCAAAUCUUCACGGAUCACUUUCCAUUAAGAAAUUAGAGAAUGUUACCAACAGCUUUGAAGCAUCAAAGGCAAAGAUAAUGGAUAAGAAGUACCUUGAAGAAUUAUCGUAUGUAUGGUCUCAAGAUGCAAAGGACGAUUUUAAGAAUUCACAAAGCGAGAUGGAUAUACUUGGCAAUUUACAACCUACCAAGAACCUGAAAAGGCUACAUAUUGAUGGAUACAGGGGCACAAAAUUUCCAGAAUGGGUUGCAGAUCCUUCCUACCACAAUUUGACUGAGUUAUCUUUCUAUAAUUGUCAUAAUUGUUGCAUCCUGCCCCCACUAGAACAACUUCGCUGUCUUAAGAAUUUGAGAAUCAGUAAAAUGAAUAUGAUGAUGGAGAUUAUUGGAUCUGAAUAUAGUGAUUCUUUUUCGGAGACACUUUUUCCUUCCCUUGAAUAUCUUGAGUUCCAUGACAUGCCUUGUUGGGAAGUGUGGCAUCAUCCCCAUGAAUCAUAUGCUCCCUUCCCUGUAUUGAAGACCCUUUUGAUUAUUGAUUGUCCUAUGUUACGGGGAAAUUUGCCAUCUCAUCUUCCUGCUUUGAAAGUACUUGUGAUUGAACGAUGCUACCAACUUGCUUCUUCUCUCCCGAGGUCCCUUGUCAUAACUACACUAGUGGUGUGUGCAAGCAAUAAAGUAGCACUACCAGAGCUGCUACCACUUUCAUUAACAGAGUUAAAAACUCAAGGAAGAGCGGUAAUAGAGUCCGUGUUUGAAGCCUUCAGAGUCUCCGUACCAACUUCUCUUCAAGAUUUAGACAUUGAGGAUUGUUCAUCUGCAAUAUCAUUUCCGAGAGAUUGUUUGCCCGCAUCCUUGAAGCGCCUAACUAUCAAGAAUUGUGAAAAUCUAGAUUUCCCAAUGCAAAACCACCAACUCGAGUCACUUGUGUAUUUGUAUAUAAAAAGGAGUUGUGAUUCUCUUAGAAACCUCCCAUUGGAAACCUUUCCAAAUCUUCAAUAUCUGGGUAUCAAAAACUGUGAAAACAUAGAAUAUCUUUCCACUUUGAAGAAUCUUCAAAAUCUCGUUGAUAUUGGUAUUAGAGACUACCCCAAUUUUGUACCAUUCCUAGAAGAGGGGUUGUCUGCCCCAAACUUGAAUACACUGCAUGUCUCCUGCUGCGUUAAUUUAAAGUCACUUCCUUGUCACAUAGAUACUCUUUUCCCAAUGUUAGAAAAUGUGACAAUAGAAGAUUGCCCAGAAAUUGAGACUUUUCCUGAAGGGGGUAUGCCGCCUAGCUUGAGAAAACUUCAGAUCUUGAAUUGUGAAAAAUUAUUGAGGAACCCAUCGCUAACUUUGUUGGACAUGCUUACCCAUCUUUCCAUUACUGAUGGUGCUGAGUCCUUCCCCAAGGAGGGUUUUGCGUUGCUACCUCCAUCCAUUACCUCUCUUAAGCUAUGGAGUAUGUCAAAUUUGCACACUGUUGAGUGUAGGGGGAUUCUCCAUCUCACGUCCCUCAUAAAGUUAAAAGUUAUAAACUGCCCCAAGCUGGAGAAUAUGGCGGGAGAUAGACUACCUGCUUCUCUGCUAAAAAUUCGAAUCUAUGAAUGUCCUCUGCUGGAAGAACGGUGCCGCAUGAAACACCCGCAAAUUUGGCCCAAACUUUUUCACAUUCCGGACAUUAAGCUUGAACUUGGAUUUUAAAUGGUUUGCUGUACGAGGUCGUAUGGGUGCAUGUUUGUAAACAAGGUCGUUUGGGUGCUGAUUCACAACAAGUGUUUUUUCACAUUUUCAGAUAUUGAAACAACUAACUCCCUUGAUGAUUAAGCUGGGAAUAUUGAUCAUGUGCUGACAUUGAUUUGUACAACCACAUGACAUAAGUUCUUGAACUUUCCUUCUAAUGCAAUAGGCUCUACAACUUGUGAGAUGAUUCAAAUUGAGGUGUUUCGUACAAGCCUUAUUUUGGACAGCUGCUGGGAUAUGUGGCUGAACAGUGAACACUCCUACAAGGAAGAUCUAAACUGGAUGGCUCCAUAGGAGUUAGCAAAGAUGCAAAGAUCUGCCACUUUUUUCACAGGCCCUUUUCAGCAUACACAAUAGAAGCAAGGAAAAGAAGAAAGGUUUGCACCAAUGAACAAGGAAGUGAAACAAGAUGGCACAAGAUGGGGAGAACUAAAAAAUUGUGUUAAUGGUGUUGUGUUGAAGGGUUUCAAAAAGAUACUAGUACUCUACACAAACUAUUGCAGGCAUUGAAAACCUGACACAGUCUAGACAAGAUGGUGUUUCUAUUGUAAAAGAUUCAUAUGAAAAGAUAGUUAAUAGUGAAUAAUCAAGGUGAGGUACCAUGGGUAGUGAGGUUUGAUUUUGGUUUAGGUGUAUAUGUAUGUGCUCUUAGUAUCUUUCAAUGUUAUUUGUAACUUAUUUUUAUAAUAAAACUAUGAUUAAUGGAGAUUCUUAGUAUCUUUCAAUGUUAUUUGUAACUUAUUUUUAUAAUAAAACUAUGAUUAAUGUACUCUUACUUGCUUUAGCAUUCUUAUUUCUUGUGCUGCACCUGCGUCUUGGAUAACUUGGCACGCUUCGAGAGAUUAUAACUUUUGUUUUUGUAUGUGAAUGGAAAGCAAACUUUGUUAUUUGGGGGCUUUGCUGAUGUAUGAGAAUGGUGGCCAGAUUUUAAGUUUUAGUGGUAACCUUGGUUAUUCUUAUGUUGAACUCGUUGUGAAAAACUAAAUGAUGAUGCUGAUAGAGAUGAAGGUUCAUUCCAUAUGCAAAAUAAACUUCAGAGUUUCUUAGAGAGAAAUAUACUGUAAAAUGGAUUAUUCAUCAAAGUUUCAUAUCAUAUACCAUUAAGAAAAAUAAAGGAAUUUCUUAAUCCACUCAUAGGUGA